UCCAUUUUCUCUCCAGUCAGUAGGUGGGGUCCUUUGCUCGUGUGGGAUGGAGGUGAGGAUCUGAUCCUGCACCGAGCACCAGCGCUCUGCUGUGACUGGACCUUGAAGGCUCUUCCCCGGGUUCCUGGCGGAGAGACUCCCCCACCCCACCACCACCAUCCCUUCCCGGUUGUCGCCGCAGUUUGAUGACCGGGCCGACGCCAAGUGAACCGCGAGCAAAGCCCCGGGAAGGCGAUUAGUUAUGACGGACGCUGACGAGGGAGCUCCUCCUGCUCGUAGACAUGAGGAUUCCCGCGGUGCGGGCGCCUGCCAGAGCGGCUGAAGUGCUCACUGAGAGGGCAAACGUGCUGACAACCAAGAUAGCCUGCGCCCGCUGAGGGGGACCUCUUUGCAGGUUCACGUGGCCGCGGACAAGGUGGAGCUUCCUGAUCCAUGGAGAAUUAUUUCCAGGCCGAGGCGUUCAACCUGGACAAGGUGCUGGACGACUUUGAGCAGAACGAAGAUGAGACCGACUCUCCAAUUCUUACGGAUGCCAAGUGGACCCAGAUUUUAGCCCCGCCGGCCCACCUGCUCUCGCUGAACCCCGCCCUGGCCCAUGCAGAUCUCAGCCCGGGUGAGAGUCCACUUGCCUUAAAGACCCUCCCCAAACCCUCCUCCAACGCAGACACAAAAAGACAUUCAGGUGGCGAUCUUCCAUCUUGGGCAGCAGAAGAGCGGCCGGCCGAUAUCCACAGCCCGUUGCUGCCCCAGCCCAAUAUCGGCAAACUGGUGUGCGCGGACGACGUGGAGAACAGGCACCCGCGCUUGGAUGACGCAAUUAAGGAGACCCGGUCAAGGUCUUCUGUCCAGGAGGCCGAUGCUCACCUGGAGGAGCCACAUGGGGAGGCCUCCACUGUGUCCCUUUUCACCUUUGAGAUGGGACAAGAACAAGAAGAGACACUCUCUGCUGAGCGUGUGGAACCAACUACACUUAAUGGACAAGCUGGUGUCCAAGAUGAGCCUUACACUGAAGCUUCACAGGAUUUUGAGCAAAAUAGACAAAGUCCACCCAAGGAUGAGCUUGUAGAACGUUGUGUAAAUGGAGAGACAGAUCCUCAGGCUGCUGAGGAUGAUAGUAGUUCAAGAAAUGAGAUGAGUAGACUUGAGGGACAUUCCGAGCAGCUCCUCAGCCCUCCGAACGGCUUGGAGUUUGAGAACGGAAGCAGGUUAAAUGUUCAGGGGACAGAGGAGGACGAGGAGAGCUUGUCUCCCUCACCUGUCCCCUCCAAGGAGGACUCUGUGACCGAGGAGAAGGAGAUGGAGGAGAGCAAGCAGGAGAACGGCGACGGGGCAGCGGGAGGUGGUGUUCUACCAAAGCUGAACAACAGUCGUCUCCGUCCGGUUAGCGUUCCGUACGGAGGAGCGAGACCCAAGCAGCCAGUCAGCCUCAAACUUCAGAUCCCUCAGCCUGUUGCAGGACAGGUCCAAAAUCAGUUGGGCCAGUCCGCCAGUAGCAAGAACAAGAACUUCGACAGUCGCAGAGGAACACCGUCUGAAACCACACCAGAUGUGACUCCGGUCAGUGUAAACGGGGACGACGUUGUCCUCCCCUCUCCACUGAUGAUGUCCUCGGAGAGUCCAGACAAUGACAUCCAAGCAGGACAGCUGGGCUCCCUCAGCAGGAAACAACUCAGCUCUUUAGGGGAGGUUGCCCCUGUGUGGGUACCCGACUCCCAGGCCCCCGUGUGUACCAGAUGUGAUGUCAAGUUCACCUUCACCAAGAGGAGGCACCACUGCAGGGCUUGUGGCAAGGUGUUCUGUGCGACCUGCUGCAGCCUGAAAUGCAAACUGGCCUACAUGGACAAGAAGGAGGCUCGCGUCUGCGUCACCUGCCAUUCUGCCCUAACCAGCGCUCCGACGUCAGACUCGCAGGUCGCCGUCAGCAACCAUAGUCCCAACCCCAACAACCCAGCUGAGUACUGCUCCACCAUUCCCCCUCUGCAGCAGGCUCAGGCCUCCGGAGUUCUCAGCUCGCCACCUCCCACCGUAAUGGUGCCCGUGGGGGUCCUCAAGCCACCUGGCAACGAGGCAUCCAUGACACAGGAGCAAAUGAGAGUCUUGUGUGCUGAUGGCGUCCUCACUAAUGGGGACACUGCAGAGUCCCCCAAACCUCCUUCCUCCAGGUCACUAGCCGUCACGACUUAUGCAAGCAAAACCUCCGGAUUGGAGUCUGUAGAGGCAGCUCCGGCUCCCGUGGGCUCUCAGGGCAGCCCUGUGGGCAGCGCCCUGAGCCUGAUCCCGGAGGACGGGCUCCCUCCCAUCCUCAUCUCCACUGGAGUCAAAGGAGGUACGGGAGGCCACAUCACAGACUAUGCAGUGGAGGAGAGGCCGUCGGCGAUGGUCCUCAUGCAGCAGCUGGAUGAGGGAGGCCCGGACCCCCUGGUCUUUGUCCUCAACGCCAAUCUGCUGGCCAUGGUCAAGCUUGUCAAUUACGUCAACAGGAAGUGCUGGUACGUGACGACAAAGGGCAUGCACGCCGUCGGCCAGGCGGAGGUGGUGAUCCUUCUCCAGUGUCUCCCUGAUGAGAAGGCCUUCCCUAAGGACAUCUUCACCCACUUCGUGCACCUCUACCAGGAGGCCCUUGGCGGCAACGUGCUGGGCCACUUGAGCCACUCCUUCUUCACGCAGAGCUUCCUGGGCAGCAAGGAGCACGGCGGUUUCCUCUACAUCAGCCCCUCCUUCCAGUCGCUGCAAGAUCUUCUCCUGCCCAACCCGCCCUUCCUCUUUGGAGUUCUCAUCCAGAAAUGGGAGACUCCUUGGGCCAAAGUUUUUCCUAUCCGUCUUAUGCUGCGGCUGGGCGCAGAGUACAGACUUUAUCCGUGCCCGCUGUUCAGCGUGCGCUUCCGAAAGCCGCUUUUCGGAGAGACGGGUCACACCAUCAUGAAUCUGCUUGCAGACUUCCGCAACUACCAGUAUGCGCUGCCAGUGGUGAAAGGUUUGGUCAUGGAUAUGGAGGUGAGGAAGACCAGCAUCAAGAUCCCCAGCAACCGUUACAAUGAGCUGAUGAAAGCCAUGAACAAGUCCAAUGAGCACGUGCUGGCCAUGGGGGCGUGCUUCAACGAGAGGGCCGACUCCCACCUGGUGUGCGUGCAGAACGACGACGGCAACUACCAGACGCAGGCCAUCAGCAUCCAUCACCAGCCGCGCAAAGUGACUGGCGCCUGUUUUCUUGUGUUCAGCGGCGCCCUAAAGGCCUCGUCUGGCUUCUUGGCCAAAACAAGCAUCGUAGAAGAUGGCGUGAUGAUCCAGAUCACGGCCGAGACCAUGGACUCGCUACGGCAAGCGCUGAGGGACAUGAAGGACUUCACCAUCACAUGCGGUAAAGCUGACCAGGAGGAGAACCAGGAACAUGUGCACGUGCAGUGGACGGAGGACGACCACAACUUCAACAAGGGUGUCAUCAGCCCAAUCGACGGCAAAUCGAUGGAGUCCAUCACCAGCGUGAAGAUUUUCCACGGCUCAGAGUUCAAAGCCAAUGGCAAAGUGAUCCGCUGGACAGAGGUCUUCUUCCUCCAGAGCGACGAUCAACCCAACGGGCUGAGCGACCCGGCCGACCACAGCCGCCUGACAGAAAACGUGGCGCGAGCUUUCUGCACGGCGCUCUGCCCGCACCUCAAGCUGCUCAAGGAGGACGGCAUGGCCAAGCUUGGGCUGAGGGUCACGCUGGACUCGGACCAGGUGGGCUACCUGGUAGGAAGUAAUGGCCAGCCUCUGCUGCCUCAGUACCUGAGUGACCUGGACAGCGCUCUGAUCCCCAUCAUCCACGGAGGAGCGUGCCAGCUCAGCGAGGGUCCGGUGGUGAUGGAGCUGGUCUUCUACAUACUGGAGAUCAUCUCCUAGAAGCCGGUGACCUCAUCAUGUGUCACCACCACCACCACCACCGAGCACCUUCACCACCGCCCUCCACGUUCCCUUUCCAGCACGGGUGGAGUGGGGUAACGUAGCCCGUCGAGGAAGAGCAGCAAUCAUCAGCGUCAUAACAAACACCUGCUUGGAGGUUUUUGAAAGUCUGCAUGAGAACAUGGUGUGUGUGUGCAGAUCCAAAUGUGAGCUCGGUGCUGUCAGUGACCACCAGGGGGCGUCAUGUAGCUCCUUCCAAAGUGAAGCAUCCUUGUAGCUCCACAGAUGCCGAGCCUGGAAUAUCUCAGAGCAGCCUGGACUACAACUAACAGAUGCACCAGGUGCAUUUCUUUUAUUUUCUAUUGCAACUCUUUUCUGUUCAGUGCCUGCUACAGCGACCCUUUGGUCCGGUUGGGGCGGAAGACUUGACUUUGUUCGAAGCUUUACUCCUCGAUCACCACACGCGUUGACUUGUUUUUGUAGACGGGAGAAGCUUUUUGUGCAGCUCGUAGCCUCCAGAGAUUCCACAACAAUAAAACACACUUUGCUCCAGGACUGCUGAUGGCAAACAAAGGUUGCAAUGCUUUAUUGGUUAUUAGCGCAAGAAAGACCAGAUUUCAAAAACUAAACUCUAUUUUGGGCGUUCUUUUAUUCACAUGAGCAAAGAUGUACAAAUAAAAAAUAAUGUAUAUAUAUAUAUAUAUACAGUAUAUAUAAAUAACAUGCAGAAUCAGUGCACUGGAUUUUAAGCCAUUUCCAGGAGAGUUUUUCAAGCAAGUUCAGUGUUUGUGAAUCUGAUGAUUCCGACAGUGUUCUGUUUUUCUUUUUUUUGUUGAUUGAGCCGAAGCUUGAAUGUAUUUAAUCGCACGUUUUGUCCAAAUCCCAGAAAUCCUAACUUGGCAAAACACUGCAGACGUGCAAAGAAACUGCAUCCCAACUGUUUCGCUGAUGUCUGAUGUGCGACGAAGGCGAGCAGAGGACCUUUUGGUGUGACAUGGACCUGCCACCUAAGAAUGUAUUCCCGCCUUUUGUGUUACGAUCCAAACAGCUCUGAACAGUCAUCAUCAUCCUCAUUUUUGCUAAGUUGUUUUUUUUAAUUCAACCGAAAAAUGUCACAACACGCCAGAAUCUCCUCUGCAGACAAUCAGGUGCUUACUGUAGCAACCUUACAUGCUAACAUGUUUGCUAAAGGCCAAACGAGACGGGGCAAAGGUUAUCGUUUGUGCGACAACAUCCAGGCUGUUUGACAGACAAGUAGCAUUUCCACUUUUUUCCCUGUUUGACCUUAUUGUCCGAAAUCAAAACACUGCAUGCCAACACGCAAACAAGUCUUAUGAUGAAAAACUGUCAGCUCUGCAUUUAUUUAAGUAUUGUAUUAUUAACCUCCUCUUAGUUUAUUCACUUUUAUGUUCAAAGUAUUUUUAUAUCAUUAACAACAGUUAUAUGUUCUAAAAGGCCCAAUUCCUGUGUAUAUUCUCUAUGCUUCACAAUAAAAAUAAAAAUUUACAGUUAAAAAAUACGGUAUAUGUAAAGUAAAUAUCAAACAAAUUGGAUUGUGAAUAUUUCACUAAAUUGGUUUGAAGGCCACAUUUCCACAAAGCGAAGGAUUGGGAUGUGUCGAACUACUCCCAUACCUAAUGUUUUUAUUUUGUAUAAUCCAAGACUCAGCGUCCCCUACAGCAGUGGUCCCCAACCACCGGGCCGCGGCCCGGUACCGGUCCGUGGACUGAUUGGUACCGGGGCGCGCUGCUCAAGAAAUUUAAAAAAAAUUUAAAAAUUAAAUCCACAUAAAAACCACAAUAUAUACAUUAUAUAUCAAUAUAAAUCAAUACAGUCUGUAAGCACACAUGAUUGUAUUUCUUUGGUAGAGUGGCCGUGCCAGCAAUUGGAGGGUUGCUGGUUACUGGGGUUCAAUCCCCACCUUCUACCAUCCUAGUCACGUCCAUUGUGUCCUUGGGCAAGACACUUCACCCUUGCUCCUGAUGGGUGCUGGUAGCGCCUUGCAUGGCAGCUCCCGCCAUCAGUGUGUGAAUGUGGAAAUACUGUCAAAGCGCUUUGAGUACCUUGAAGGUAGAAAAGCGCUAUACAAGUAUAACCCAUUUAUCAUUUAUUAUUUAUGACAAAAAAAAUGUAAAAAUUUUUUUGUUACUACGAUCCAGAAAAGCGCUAUACAAGUAUAACCCAUUUAUCAUUUAUUUAUGAGAAAAAAAAAAAAAAAAGUUUUUGUUACUAUGAUCCAGAAAAGCGCUAUACAAGUAUAACCCAUUUAUCAUUUAUUUAUGAGAAAAAAAAAAAAAAAAUGUUUUUGUUACUACGAUCCAGAAAAGCGCUAUACAAGUACAACACAUUUAUCAUUUAUUAUUUAUGAGAAAAAAAAUUAAAAUGUUUUUGUUACUACGAUCCAGAAAAGCGCUAUACAAGUACAACCCAUUUAUCAUUUAUGAGAAAAAAAAUAAAAAUGUUUUUGUUACUACGAUCCAGAAAAGCGCUAUACAAGUAUAACCCAUUUAUCAUUUAUUAUUUAUGAGAAAGAAAAAAAAAUGUUUUUGUUACUACGAUCCAGAAAAGCGCUAUACAAGUAUAACCUAUUUAUCAUUUAUUAUUUAUGAGAAAAAAAAAUAAAAAUGUUUUUGUUACUACGAUCCAGAAAAGCGCUAUACAAGUAUAACCCAUUUAUCAUUUAUUAUUUAUGAGAAAAAAAAAUAAUUUUUUUGUUAAUACGAUCCAGAAAAGCGCUAUACAAGUAUAACCCAUUUAUCAUUUAUUAUUUAUGAGAGAAAAAAAAAAAAAAGUUUUACUACCCCCUAGAAAAGCGCUAUACAAGUAUAACCCAUUUAUCAUUUAUUAUUUAUGAGAAAAAAAAAUAAAAAAAUUUUUGUUACUACGAUCCAGAAAAGCGCUAUACAAGUAUAACCCAUUUAUCAUUUAUUAUUUAUGAGGGAAACAUUUUUUUUUUUUUUUUUACUACCCCCCCUCCCCCCGGUCCGUGGGACAAAUUUUCAAGCGUUGACCGGUCCUCAAGUACAAAAAGGUUGGGGACCACUGCCCUACAGUACACAUUUAAUUUGGGUUUGUAAAAAUGUGAGUCUAGCAAGUUGUUGUUUUUUAACUGUACCCGGGGGCCACCAGUUGACUAGCCCAAAUAAUGAAAAAAGAGAGGACCAACAAUGGAACCUUGAGGAUCACAUGUAGGAUACACUGCAUCCGGAAAGUAUUCAGUGUUGUCACAUUUUGUUAUGUUGCAGUAUUAUACCAAAAUGGAAUAAAUUCAUUUUUGUCCUCAAAAUUCUACACACAAAACCACAUAAUGACAAUGUGAAAAUGUUUUUUUGCAAAUGCAUUAAAAUUCAAAUCGCAUGUACAUAAGUAUUCACAGCCUUUUGCCAUGAAGCUCAGAUGCAGCCUCCUGUUUCAAGUGAUCAUUCUUGAGAUUUCUUACAGCUUAACUUGGGUCAACCUAUGGUAAAUUCAGUUGGGUUGGACAUGAUUUGGAGUGGCACGCACCUGUCUUUAAUGUCUGAAGGGAGGAGAACUUUGUCUCCUAAACGUGUUUGUUUAAUCUCUAAUAAAGCUCACCAAGUUGUCAA